AUGAUAACUUUUAAAGUCAUAUUACCUGAUUAAUCAGAAGGGGAGUAUCAAAUUUCUAAAACUUCAAGUGUUAAGGAAUUUAUCCAAAUCAUAAGGGAGUAGAAUUAAGAUAAGGAUUGGAAUAAUUAGGAACUAGAGUUACAUUUAUUUGAUUAAUUACUCAAAGAGGAAGGAUCCGUUGAUAAAAUCAUCUGUAAUCACUAAACUGAUAGUUUAACCUUGAAGGCAAAGAAGAGAGAAGGAAUCAAAAAAUUAAAAACAUUUGUAUCCUUAGUUAUGCUGAAAAUGUAAGAAAAGACAGAAUCUGGCAUGAAUGGAUUUAAAAUGGCUCUGAAGAAAAGUUCUACACUUUAAGAAUUACCAAAAACAACGUAAAAAACAAAUGUUAGAAAGUUAUUGACAUUCUUGUAAGAUGCCACUAUUAAAAUAGCAUAGAUAUCUAGAUAAAAAACUUAAAAUUUAUAUGAAAAAAUUUAAAUACAAGAAAAAGGGAAACAUUUAACUACAAGUUAAGAUCCCAGUCUAAUAAAUCAAGAGGAGGAUCCCAUUAAAAAUAAUAAUGAUACUGUGUUAGGGUUAUUGGAUCAUCUAGAAAAGCCUAAUAACCAGAAUUUCUAUCACAAAAACAAUGAAACUUAAGCUAAACCUAAAUCACUGAGUCCAGAAGCUAGAAAAUACUUGGAAAGGAAGAAGAAGGCCAUUGAAAAUCUGAAUGACCCAAUACAAUAAGCAAAAGCUAAAUAAUUGGUUGCUGAAUUAAAGAGAUAACGAAGAGAAUUAGAAGAAAGGAAGAAUAAAUAAUUGCAUAAUGAAUCUGAUCAACUUGAAGAAAGCAUUGAGAAAUACAAAAUGGAAAGAGAAUAAGAGAAGGAGUAUCUCAAUUAAGAGAAGCGAUAGAAAAUAAUGGAAAGAUUAUCAUAAAUGCAGAAACACCAAGAAUAAUAAUUACAAAGAAACUAAUAGCAGAAAUAACUUAUUAAUGAGUUGAAAAACAAAGAAAGAGAGAAAAGAAAACAAUAAGAGGAGAGAGAAGAAAUCUUAAAAAAAUAGUAUUAUGAAGAUGCCAAGGUAAUUCAAUUGUUGAUAAUUUAAGGUUAAAUUACAACAAAGAAAAAAACUAGCCGUUCCUAUCCGAUUAGAUGAAAUCAAUAAACACGAGGAGGAUUAUCUUAAUAAGAAAUAGCUAUUAAAGUUAGAGAAGGAUCAGAAGAAAUUAGAAAGGGAGAUAGUGAUAUAACAAGAAACAAAGUAAAUCUAUAAAGCCAAAGAUAUUUUAUAAAAAGUCAUUGAUGUGGAUUCCAAAUUCAAAAAUAAAGAAAUUGUGGAAAAAUAAUAAAAGGCUGAAAAACUAUUAAGAAAAUAAAAAUAUGCAGAGAUAGUUAAAGAAUAUCACAAGCCAAACAUUAAGGUUUAAACGGACAUUUAAUUUAGUAGAGCUUAGCAUAACAAAUCUGACAAUUCAUUAUAAGAGGAAUAUAUUGAGUAUUAAAUUUAAGAUUUUAAUAGCUUUUUGAAAGAAGGAGAAGGAAAAUAGAGUGCAACAAAGGUAGAUUCAAUUCGUAAUAAAUUACAUAAAUAAGCAUAAUAAGGAUCAGGUAUUUUUGUAAAUAAUAGUAGAAAGGAAUGUACAUAAAAUUUAGAAUGUUUUAAACCUUUAGAAAGUACAAAAAACAAAAGUGACAGAAUCAUUGUAAAAAGGGUUUGUACCAAAUCCAUCAGUUUAUUAUCAACCAAAGCCAAUGAAAAGUGAAGCUUAAUUGGAAGAACUAUAAAAGAAGAAGCCCAUAAACUAUUUGAAAGAAUUAGAAUAAGAGAGAAUGAAUUAGUAAGGAAGGCUAGGUUAAUUAAAAAGCAAUAGUGUUCCAAGAUUGCAAUAGGAUUACCGAUCAAUUAUGGAGAGAGGCAAACGGUACGAAAAGGAAGCUUAACGAAAAGAACAUCAAGCAUAUUAUUUGAAUGAUGAGAAACUGAAAGAAGAGGCAGAUGAUCUAUUUUUAAAAAGUGUUUAAGAAAAAAUAAGAUUCUUAGAGAAGAUUUGA